AUGGCGUCCUUUACAUGGGGAACCGUUACGUGGACAUUGUUAGCGGUACUGCUAAUCGCAACACAAGAUCUGCUUGCUUCAGUGGAUCACAUUAAAUUAAGAAAUUAUCUUUUCAACAAUCGGUCGUAUGAUCCAACAGUGCGACCAAUCUAUGACAGCAAAACCAUAACUGAACUGGAGCUGCAGUUUUUUCUUUCCCAAGUGUUAAAUGUGGAUGAACGACUACAGACCUUAAAAAUGAAUGUUUGGCUUACAAUACGAUGGAAGGACGAGUUCCUAUUGUGGGAUCCAGCCGACUUUAAUGGUAUUUCGAAUUUCAAAAUUAGCAAAGAUAAAGUGUGGAUGCCAGACAUCUGGUUGUACCAAAACGCUGACAAUAAAUAUGAAGACUUUACUAUCAACUCACAGUGCCUUGUCCAACAUUACGGAGAAGUAUUAUGGGCGGCUCCGGUGAUAAUAAAAUCGCAUUGCAAAAUGGAUGUUUGGAACUUUCCGUUUGAUCGACAAACGUGCAAUGUAACUUUUGGCCCCUGGCUUCAUAAUUCCUCCGAGUUAUCUGUUAAUGGUACAGGUAGUUCCAGUUUCUUUGAAGGGGACACGGAAUGGCAGUUAUGGGAUUUAACAACUCAUAACUAUAAAUACUCCAUACAAUACUAUCCCGAUUAUCCGUUUGAAUACUUCUCUAAAGUUGACUACGUCGUCUAUCUGAAGAGACUGCCUACGUACUAUGUAUUUUAUCUUAUCAUGCCAUGCACGCUCAUCGCGGCGAUAACUCUGCUGGGUUUCUUCUUACCUGUCGAAUCCGGCGAGAAGAUUGGACUAGGUCAGUACUAUGCAGCUGUGAUGGUUCUCGUGUCACUAUCAUUAGCAAUGUCAGUGGCUGUUCUCAACCUUCAUUUUAGAGGUCCCGACAGUCCGCCAGUGCCGCCGUGGAUGCGUCGGUUUAUGCUCGGAAAAGUGGCUCGCUUUGUUAUGAUCCGUCAAGUUUCUAAGAAUAAAGAGUCGCGCAAAGGAUAUCGAAAAGGUUACCUUAAAGAUAACAAACUGGAAUUUCUCCCGAUGAUGGAUUUAACUGAUUGCGACGUGCAUAGAGUCAAUGGAUUACCUCUCCAGGCCAGGCGCCUGGCGCAUCAUUCGCCGAAGCAGAAAUUCAGGAGGAAGCAGAUACAAUCAAACAAUUCGCAAGUGAAUGCGAAUAUAAAAACUGUAGAUGAAAAUGUGUAUUUUCUUCGAGAACUUCUUCAUGAAGUGAAAGAUGUGAAGGAAAUGCUGGAAAGGCAAAAAACGGAUGAAGAAUAUGGAAGUGAAUGGAAACAAGUGGCACUCGUGGUGGACAGGGUGUUUCUUUUUCUUUAUGUAGUUGGUUCCUUAGCAACGUCACUAAUCAUUUUAUUUCAGGUCGACUACGAUAGUGGACCCAGUCCAUUAGAAAUUCAGUAUGCACUUGAAAACGGAUGA